AUGUCAGCAUCGUCCGAAGUGUCCAACGACGCUACCGUUUACGAAGCGUUCACAAAAUAUGACUUUGACAGUGACCAGCAGUUUCAGAGCGGCAUGUCAUCCAUUUUGAAGCAAGCCGAUGCCAAUCCUGAGACACGAGAGCAAACACUAGAGCGAGCUAAAUGGUUUUAUUACAACAAAUUCAUCCAAGCUUUCGACUUUGAAGGAUAUCAAAAGUGGAAAUCUCAAGGCGACGACGACACAUCACCAAAGGAAGAGAUUCAACAACAACAAACAGACGAGAACAAUGAGAAGGAUACCAAGGAGGAAAACGAUGAUGAAGACAAACCGCCCAAAUUUACCUUUCAGGAACUGGUGGAAAUGAUUGAGUCUGGCAAAGAGGUCCCAGGUAUUCGACAAAUCCCCAACAAGCUCAAUGAUGGCACACCGAGUGAGCCGAAGAUGCCGGUUCGGCGAAAACCAUGGGAAAAAGCGGUAGAAGAUCAACAACAAGAAUAA